AUGUGGACCUGUGUGCACCUGUGUGUGCGCCUGCUUCUGCUCGGCCUGCUUGCGGGGCUCGCGUCCGCCGAGAGCGGCCCGACUCGCACGGGCGACGCCCUCGGCUCGGACUCGAUCAAGCACGCCUGCAUCGACCACGACGGGCGCUCGACGGAGGCGGCGCGCUCGGCGCUGCGCGGCUUUGAGACGGCGGCUGAGGACACCUCCCAGCCAGCGUGCGGCGCCAUCCGCGACAUGCUGGGCAUCCCGGCCGACUUCCAGCGCACGAUCUUCAACCGCGGCAGCCUCGGCGGGCCGCGCAAGACCAGUUCCGCCUUUGAUGGCUGCCGCGGAGGCGACCGUGUGGAGAAGAUGGUGAGCGUCGAACUCGCGGGCUACGGCGCGGCCGGAUCGAGCGCACAUCACGUGCCGAACGCCUCCGCGCCGCUCGGCAGCGACGCGUGCGCGGAGGCGGCCCACAAGGAGGCGUGCAUCAUGAACGAGUGCCCGUGCGCGACCAGCGAGUCAGGGGACGCUUGUGAGCUGCUCGCCGCCAACGUGCCCGCACUCGCCCUCGUCCUCCUCGCCACCGCCUUGCUGUUACUUCCGCCUCCGCCUUCUUCGCCGCCUGCGCUGCUCGCCUCCUUCUCCGCCAACGCCGCCUUCUCCCAUGCCCUUCUCGGCUAUCCUUGGGCAUCGGGCAUUGGACACCUAGCAUCGGGGAUUGUCGCGGCACAGGCACGCGAUGCGGCGGUGUUGGUUUACGGCGUCCUGUCGGGACUGACGCCAGGCAGCACCUUCCAGGCCGGCCUCGUGUCUUCGUGCGAUGACGAGUACCCCGCAGAACGCAGCGUCCCGUCGAUCCCCGUCGAGACCGACGGCUCCGCCAUUUUCGAGAUGACCCAGGCAGUGUCUGACGCGCAGGCACUCGCGGAGCGAGGAUACUUCGUCGUCAUGUACCAAGCAGACGACGCUGCACGCCGCUUCUGCUCGCCGUUUGUUAGGGAGCCGUACACACAAAUGGUGCUGGUCGGCAGAAUACCGGCGCAGUUCGCCGAUCGCACUGCCCGUGGCCUCGUCUUGCUAACGCGGACGGCGGCGCAGCUGACCGUGCGCGGCGUGAUCGUCGGCCUCGAGCCCCAUUUCCACGGCAUGUGGCAUUUCCACCGCGGGUUCAACUGCCUUGGAGCAGUCGAAGACCUCCGCUUCUACGAAGGAAUCUACGCGGGCUACCGCACGGCACGCGCCACGGUGCGCGGCGGAGAUGGGUGGACAUACGGCAGCUACAAGUCGGACAAGCGCGGCACCGCGCUCCUCUCGUGGACCUUCGUCCUCGACUCGCCCGAUCUCAUCUCAGCGCUGAGCCGUGAGAUGUCCGGCGUCGAAGACGGCGCCUCGUGCGGCGCCCGAAUGCCGCCAACCUUCGCUGGCCGCCAAAUGAUCUUUCACGGCCGCGCAGGCGUCUACCUCGGCUGCGGCACCAUCGCAGGCUACGCACCUGGCGUGACGGAUGCGCUCGGUCGGCUCACCCGAUACUCGCUCGCAGCCGAGAGCACGGUCGACGAAGCGGUCCAUGCGCUCGUCCAUAUCAAGGCGACCGGCGCGGCGCAGCUGCAGCUAACCGCAACUUUGACUGGCCUACCGCCCUCCUCCAGGCUCUCUCUCCGCCUGCAGACCGGGUUCGAGUGCCCGGGCGCUGACCCGGUUCUAAGUAUGCUGUACCCGCCGACGGAUGUGCCCGACCCGCGCACCAUCCAGACAGGCGACCCCUUCGAGACGCUGCCUGUGGCAACGGACGCUUUUGGCAACGCUUUCGUCAGCGCAUCCUUGGCUGUCGCAUUGAGCCACAUGGCAGGGCGCGUUAUCGUCGUCGCAUCGGAACUUGGCACGACCCUCGCCUGUGGCACCGUGGAUCCGAUCGUUGCUCUCGUUCAGCCCGUGCCGCCGCAGCCCAACGCGGGUGUCAAGGGCGGGCUGCUGGUCGCCGCGCAGGCAAGCGUCGGCGUUGCGGUCCGGGGCACGCUCCUUUUCGCGGAAACGUCGCCGAACGGCACCCUCUCGAUCGGCGAUGGCCUCGUGCGCGUUGCUUUUCUCGGCGCGGGCGGUUCAUACGAGCUCAGACAGUACUCACGCUUGAGCCACUCGGUCGACGGUUCGACUCUGAGUGAGGCGGCACUGCGCGGCGGCUCGAUCCAGAUCAUCAUCCAGAGUAACAGCUCCGCCGUGGUUGCCGACUUGGGGACCCUCUCAGGCCCGCCGUCGGAGGUGCCGACGCCGAGCGCAGGUCUGUGUGACUCGCGCGGGGUACGCAGUGUCCAGAUUGGCUUCAUCGUGCUCGGCAUAAUCGCGGCGUGCCUGCUGAUCGGUCUCGCCAUGCUACUCCACAAACGGGUGUCGGAGGAGACAAAGAGUGUCGCCAAAGCCUUCGUGGAAUGGUCGGACGCCCACCCGCGUGUGGCGGGCGGCUUGCAGAGACUGUCGGACGUUGUGCUCGGGGCGACCGCAACUCUGCCCCGGAUCGCAGAGGAGAGACUGUCGGACGUUGUGCUCGGGGCGACCGCAACUCUGCCCCGGAUCGCAGUGGUCAAUAACGACAGCGACUCUCGGGUGUCGCGCUGGAGGCGUUUCAUGCAGCGGCCCGACCAACUCACGGCCAUGCCCAAGCACGCCUCCUCCUACCGCGGGAUCGCAUCCUACAGCUCGACGACCACGCGUAAGCCGCGGAUGCUCGCGCUCCAUGGCGCCGACUCAAACAACAGCAUCACGCGGCGGCAGCUGAAGAACCUCGGCAUCGAUACGGAGCACUUUGAGAUCAUCUACCUGAAAGCGCCUCUCACGAGUAAGCCUCCAGCGGCUCGCCUCCAGGUGCCGGUCGACGAGCCCGUCUUCCGCUGGUACGACGAGUCGACCAGCCGCGAGGAGAUGCUGAGCAUGCUCUUGCACGUCGUCGCUGCGAUCGUGCAGCACGAGGUCGAUGGCGUCUUCGGCUUCUCGCAGGGCGCAGCGGUGCUCUGCGCUUGCCUUCAGCCCGAUGUGCUCUCGCUCGUGCACAGCAGCGCCAAGGAUCGAGCCAAGAUGGCUGGCAUCGGACCAGAGGCAUCCAUCCGGAGCAUCGGACCAGAGGCAUCCAUCCGGAGGCGGGUGCCCUCGAUGCGGUCGAUGCAGGCGAUGGGGUCGAUGCGAUCGAUGCGGUCGAUGCGUUCCCCCUCGUUGCAGUCGCCUCCGCCCAUUCGCCAUGCCGAGGCGGAGUCGAUGCAGUCGCCUCCACCCAUGGGGGCUGUCGAGGAGGAGAUGACAUCAAAGCGGGAGCGAUCGCUCUUCGAGUUCUCGACGGUGCAUCGCCUCCCCGCGCGACACCUCGAGAAGAUGAUCAACGCGGUCGAAAGCUUGGAGAACGAGAGUCUGCUUAACUUUGCCCUGCUCGCGCACUCGACCACCACCGCGCACAUCCGUCGCGGCCUCGACCUCCCGCCAUCACCGCCCACGGGUGCGAUCGCAGCGCACUCGGUGCACGUAAUCGGCCUCGCCGACGAGUUCAAAGCCCUCUCCGAAGAGUCUACGCUCACCUUCGAGAGUGGGGCGGUGAGGCCGCCGAUUCCUGAGCUGCCCAACCCACCAUUGCGGCUGGUGCUCUACCACCCGUCGGGUCACGAGCUGCCCCGCGAGCUGACAACGAAUGAGAUUCUUCACCACCGCCUCAUGUCGCACUUCGCCGCCGCCCUCGACGAACACAACACGACGAAGAGGAGCGGCAGCGCCAGCGGCGGGCGGAGCUCGAAGCUGCCCACGCUCCCUGCUGAGUACGUGCGGCCUCCUGGCGCCAGGGCUUUGCUUGCCGUCCUUGAGGAGAACGGCAACCGUUCGGAGGCUCACUACGUCAUCCGGCCGUCACCGCCAGAGGCGCUAGUGACGAGGCAGAUUUCGAGGCUCACCUCCGUAGCGGUGUCAGAGGCGCAGCAACUCGUUCGCGUCUCCCACGGGCGUGCUUUGGGUGUGGCGCCGCAGACGAUUCGUGACUUGCUCGCCGCCCAGCCUGCGGACCGGCCUUGCCUCCGUGAGGCAGCCGACCCGUCGCGCUCGCUCAGCUACGGCCAGCUGCUCGGCUUCCUCGCACCGGGCGGUGGCGGCGACCUUGCCGCCCUCGGCGUCAAUCCCGGCGAGACGGUCGUCUACAUCGCCCCGGGCGGUGCAAUUGCGGCAGUCGCGUUCCUUGUCGUUGCGGCGCAGGCAACCGCGGCGCCCCUCGAGCCGACGAUCGCACAGGCAGACGCCCUCGACGCCCUCGAGCAGUUCGGAGCGGCGCACGUCCUACUCUUCGACGGCGCGCCGCAUGAGGCCGUCCUUGCCGCCGUAGAGCAGGCGGGCGGCGGCGUCCGCAUCCAGGUGCACCACGCUGUGGCGAACGCCACCGCCGGACCCGGCCUCUUCAAGCUCGUCCCCAGCAGCAGCACCACUCCGUCACUGACGCCUCUCGCGACACGCGGAGACGACAUCGCGUUGCUGCUGCGCACGUCCGGCACCACCUCCAAGCCAAAGGGUGUGCCGCUGCAGCAGAACUCCGUGGUGCGCAAUGCGUUGCUUCUCUCUGCAACAAUCGAGAUCGGGCCCGCCGACAUCUGCCUCAACGCGAUGCCACUCUUCCACAUCGGCGGCCUUUCCGCCUCGAUCCUCGCGUCGCUUGCCGCCGGCGGCAGCUGCACGUGCCUCGACUCGUUCUCCGCGGCCACCUUCUACGCAGCGCUGGGCACGAGUCCGCAGCCGACCUGGUACUCAGCCGUGCCGACGAUCCACCUGGCCGUCGUAAACUACCUCAAGGACAAUAAGAUCGUCGAGCCGCAGCAUUCGCUCCGUUUCAUCCGCUCCGGAGCAGCCGCGCUCACACCAACCGACGGCCAGGCGUUGUCCAACUGCUACGGCGGGAUCCCAAUUCACGGCACCUACUCGAUGUCCGAGCAAAUGCCGAUCUCGCAGCCAAACGCUGGCCUCGACCAGCUCAACGAGAAGAACGGCUCCGUCGGCAUCGCUUGCGCCGCUUCCAUGGCCAUCGUGGACCCAGCGACCCUCGCGCCACAGCCGCACGGCAUCCCCGGGAUCAUCGCCAUCUCAGGGCCGACGGUGAUGCGCAACUACCUCAACAACCCAAAGGCGGACAUGGAAAACUUCUUCCUUCUCUCAUGCGCAGACGGCGCCGCCGAUUCCGACGCCGACCGCUUCUUCCUCACGGGCGAUGUCGGACUGCUCGACGCCGACGGCCACCUCACCAUAAAGGGGCGCUCCAAGGAGCUCAUCAAACGAGGAGGCGAGCAGGCGCUGCCGUGGGUGCGCAUGCCUGUGGUCUUUGCGGUGCCAUCGCCGUCUUGGGGCGAGGAGGUGGGCUGCGUCGUCAUCCUCGAGCCGACGGCGCCACCGGAGGUCGCCUCGGAUGAGCGGCUGCUGCUCAAGGAGCUGCGCGUCGCGUGCCGCGCGUGUGGCCUCGCGCCAAACAAGUGGCCGUCUGUGGCGAAGGCCAUCGAGUGGGAGGAGUUGCCAAAGACGAAGACCAACAAGCCUAUCCGUAAUGGCCUUGCCGAGAAGCUCGACAUCAUGCCUCACAACCUCGAGGAGCAGCUGGCCGCGCCAGCGAAGCGGGGUCCGCCAACGGUGAGCCGCUCCGUCGAGGGUGUGCGCUUCGUUCUCGCCUGUCAGGUUGUCUUCAACCAUGUUGGCUUGCAAGCGCCAGCGGACGGCACAAACAUGGACGGGGUCGGUGACUACGAGACAUGGGGCGCCUUUGGGCAGGCCCGCUUCAUGUGCAUCCACGUGCCCACCUUCUUUGCACUCGCUGGCUUCAGCUUGGCCGCGAACAUGGGACCGGCGCCGCGGUCGAAACUUGGGUUCAUCGCUGCGCGCCUCUCGCCCAUGUACCCGAUGUACCUCGUCUCGAUUGGCCUGCUGCUCAUCAACCAGGUCGCCAUGUGCAACCCGGCCAACUAUGACCCUGCUUUCCACUGGCAUGCCCAAUGGACUGACGCGUCGCGGGGCGACUUCUGCGAGCCCGCCCCACUGCUCUCCUCCUGGUGGGGCUCCCUCUUCGCGACGAUCGUCAUCUACGUGCUCGGCAUUCAGUCGUGGCCCAUCUACCUCUUCUCGUGGUUCCUCUCGUACUACACGUGGUUCUCGUCCGUCUACUACGCGAUGGUCUCGUCACACCCAUUCUUCUACUCGCGGAUGAUUACCAUCCGUGGUCGCAUCCGACUCAUCUGGGCUGUCACCGGCAUCAUCGUCCUGCUCAAUCUCUGCGUCGUUGCCGGAUGGUUCAUCGGCUGGUACAAGGACCGCGCCAUCAUCUCCGAGGACCGCGCCAUCGUCGACGGCUUGCUCGGGAGCGCCGACGACGCGGCCGAGUGGACGGGGCAGUUCUCGCUCAUGUACUACCUCUUUCCGGCCUUCUGGCCGUACGAGUCGCACCAUGCGUGGAUGUGGGGCAUAAUCACGGAUUGCCUAUCAUUCUGCCUCGUCCUCACGGGCUACAUCCUCUACCCGCUGCUCGCAUCGUGCGAGGGGUUGCUCUGCGCGAUCGUCGACCCUGAUGCGUGGGCCAUCGCCAUCGACGACCGCGGUCUGGACUCGUCUCUCAUCAACGCGGAGAACGACAACCUUGGCAUUCGCUCCGUCGCCGGUAUUUGGUCGCGCUUCCUCAUGCCCGUCAUGGUUCUGUGGCUCUACGGCCUUGCUGUUGGCAAGGGCUUCACGGCGGCGCUCUUCUCCAAGUCAAUCUUCGUGAACACCCUCGCCCCCGUCUCGUACAAUCUCUACCUCUUCCACCAGUGGGUCGGGCAGAUGUACUUCCUCAUCACGCGGCAGCAGUGGUGGUCGUACUGGCGCUACCGCAAGCCCUUCUUCUGGUUCUCGCCGCAGCCGGUUCCAGUCGCAUGGUGGGAGUACUUUUUUGUCGUCAUCCUCACGACCUUCUUCAGCAUGCUGAUGGCCAAGCUCGACCCGUACUUGAUCUCGAAGUGGGAGGCGGGCCGCACGCGCCUCAAGUCGCUCUGCUUCAAGCACACCGGCGGCGACCGAGUUCUCACCCCGAUCGAAGCCGACUGGACGCUCGCCGAGUGCGGUCUCGCCUCCGUCGCUGGCCCUGUCGUCGUCAGCCGCCUACAAGCCGCCGUUCCGGGCGUGACAAUCUCGGUGGCGAACUUGAUCGAGGUUGACACCAUUGGUGGCCUCGCCGAGCUCCUCGAGCGUCGUAUUGCUGAGUUUAAGCAGAGCGGUGUCGGCUCCGACGCGCCCGCCUCGAGGCGCUAG